AUGAGGUGCACACGCGUCUGGCUGUGUGGCACGCUGAGCCACGUGGCUGAUGCAUUGUGUAUGGUAAAGGACUACCAGAAGAUUGAGGCUGAGCGAAAGGAGCUGGCGGUGCGUGAGGCGAAGAAGGAGUACGAGAGUUACCCGCUGCGCUACCAGCUUUUGGAGUGUCAACCAGGACUGCCUCUGGCUCUGACGAAGCUGAAGUACUUGCUGGCGUGCCGCCGCACACACCCCGACGCAGGUGGGGACGCUGAGUCUUUUCUGAGGGUGAGCCUGGCAUAUCAAGACGUGAUGAAGGAUUACGGCGUGGAGACGGUAGACAAUAAGAUAGUCAACCUGGGUAACUUUCAGUCUGAUGACCAUGAGACGCAGAACUAUCUGGAGUCACGUGCCACCAUUAGUUCGUACAUUCCCAUUUCGACGCUCGAGGAUCACAUCAGACAAAUCGAGGAAAUCCAGGGUCGCCUUGGCGACGAGCUUUCGGAGAAACUCGCGUCCAAUAGCGACGAGGCAAUGUGGCUGCUGGAGGACAUCGAGGAGGUCAUGGAACAGACAGGCCUCAAAACAGUCAAGCUUUGUGUGCUUGAGGACGGAAAGGUGCAAGUGAAUGAUGUACUGGCACUCACCGAUGGAACCGAGAGACCGCGGCUCCUUGCAGGCGAAGAAGCGCCGCUCCAGCGACGCAAGUCUGCUAGUGCCGUUGACGCGGAGGCAACAGCUGCGAAUCGUGCCUCAGAGGACGCUACCUCCUCGGAUGGACCACCAAACGCAUUCAAGGAGGCGGCUCAAUCAAAUGAGAAGGCGCUGCACGAAACAGAGGUGUCCAGAUCGGACAUUGAGGUUUUGAAUGCGAAGAAUACCCUUCAGGACAGACCGGAUGUAGCGGGCCUUGGAGCGCGGACAGCUACUGAGGUCAUGAACAACACUGAGGAAGUGAAGCAGAUGAAGCUGGAGUCGUCGGUGCUCUAUGUGUUCCUGAUUUCGCUGAUGAUGCUCGUGUACGUCUACACUGAGGGAGCUAUGCGGGCAGCGCGUCAGGCAAGCUCACGCCCAGGGACUGCAGAGCACAUCACGAGCGACACAAUGCUUCCGUGGUGGGGCAACGACGCCGAGUAUGAGAGCCAGGUCAAGCGCAUUUUCGUGGAUGAGUGGCGAAAGGCACGUGCGUCGUCGCGCAGGGCGCAGACGUUUCAGGAUGGAGUUGCUCGCGAGUCCCUGGACGAGGAGACUAAGAGUGACAUGGAUCUGAAGAUCUUCACCGUCACUGCAGAAAAAUUGCGCGCCAUGCGUGACAAUGCAGAGAGACACUCUAACCGCUAG